AUGCUUUAUUCAUUUUAUCUAUCUAUCCACCCAUUCAUACAUUCAUCUAUCUAUUCAUCCUUGCUUAUUUAUUAUUUAUCUAUUUUAUUCACUUUUUCAUUUCUGUCUGUCUAUCUCUCUAUCUAUCUAUCUAUCUAUCUAUCAAUGUUUUAUUCUUCCUUUCUUUCUUUCUUUCUUUGUUUUAUUAUUCUCUCUAUCCAUCUAUCUGUUCAUCUCAUUUCUCUUUCAUUGUUAUUCUAUUUCGUUUUGUCUUCGUUGUCUUCUCUCUCCGUCUACUUCAGAUGUACACGGCUUUCUUCUCGUUACUCUUUCACUCUUCCUAAUAUUUUGUUUUUUUUCAGUUUGAACUUCCUUUCCUUUGUUUUUCUUUCUUUCUUUCGUGAUAGCUUUUUUGAUUUCUUCUUUUUUUUUCUUUCUUUUUUUCGUCUUCUCUUUCUUUCUUUCUUUCUUUCUUUCUUUCUUUCUUUCUUUCUUUCUUCACCCUUAACGCUUCAUUAUCUAUCUAUCUAUCUAUCUAUCUAUCUAUCUAUCUAUCUGAAUAUAUUCUUAUCUAUUAAUCUGUAUAUGUAUGUCCGACUCGCUAUCUAUCACAGUCUAUUCAUUUUCUAUCUAUCUAUCUAUCUAUCUAUCUAUCUAUCUAUCUAUCUAUCUAUCUGA